UCCCCCCACACUUACCUCCCGCUUGUCUCCGGGCAGGCUGCCGGGCGGCGGGAAGCUCCUCCGGUGCUAUUCCUCCAUUAGCGGACUUCCCUUGCUCCCUUUGAGUCAGUCAUGGGCUUUUUCGGGACACCGGGACCGGCCACGGCGGCUCUGCUUCUGGCAGUGUGGCUUUGCGGUCUAUGUGGCAGUCUUUGCUGGGCGCGUUCGGACGCUCCUCGGGGGGUAGCACUGGGCUUCGUUUUUGACCCGAAGGCGACGUGCGAGCCGCCGUGCCAGCACGCCGGAGUGUGCAUCCGCAAUCACACAUGCCUGUGCGGCCGCGGUUACGAUGGGGACAACUGCCAGUAUGCCAACUGCUAUCCCAAAUGUAAGAAUGGAGGUGUGUGUCUUCGUCCUGGAAAGUGCAGAUGUCCCUCAGGCUUUGGAGGCAGAUAUUGUCACAAAGUGACAUGCAAUGACGGCUGCUGGAAUGGCGGUGAAUGCAACGCUGUCAACGGAGUGGCCAAGUGUAUUUGUCCCUCCAGCUGGACAGGCUCCAAAUGCCAAGAAGCUAUUUGCCCCCAAGGCUGCAGAAAUGGGGGUGUCUGCAUGGCCCCUGGAAUCUGCAGCUGUCCUGAAGGAUGGCUGGGGGGCGCCUGCCACAUCGCCGAGUGCACUCUGCGAUGCCUGAAUGGAGGAAAAUGCAUUUCACCGAACAAAUGCCGCUGCCGUCUCCCCUUCUUGGGGCCUCGCUGUGAGGAAAAGAAGAGGCGCCACUAGGGCCCGACAGUCCACUUUACUUACUUCUCAUUUAUUCUCAUUUUUAUUGUACCAAUACGGCUUGCGUUGUCUGUCUGUGUAUGAAUUGUACUUUGUGUCAUUAAAUGGAGUAAUAAAAACAUUUAAAGGAA